AGAUUCAAGUAGAUCCCACUGGAAUCCACAGACAAAACGGUCCCAUUCAAUUGCCGCCCUCCAACUUCUACAAAACCAAUCUCUCUCCCAAAAAAAACUGAAAAUUCUGCCUCCCAAAACAAUGGAAGCUCUCUGCCCCAAAUUUGAUCUCAACCCACCUCACCUCUCCCCAUUCUCCAAACCACUGCCAAAUCCCACUUCUCUUUUGGCCUAUUCGCGUCGAUUUUCGUGCUCAAAUGGUCGUAAAUACCAGAAAUAUAGAGUAAUAAUACCUCAAGCUUUAGCUAAAACAACGUCAAAUGGAGAUUUUGUUCAAGUAAAUCAGAAUUUGAUCAGAUGGGUUGGAAGAGGGUUGCUUGGUUUUGCUGCUGCUGUUUCGGUUUGUAGCGAUUCUCCUGCUUUUGCAGAGUCUCUGACUGUGGCGUUCCCUGUAUCUCACACUAGGGAGGUUAAUACAGUUCAAAGAACCCUUGUGGAGGCUUGGGGAUUGAUUAGAGAGACAUUCAUUGAUCCAACGUUCAAUCAUCAAGAUUGGGAUUUGAAGCUGCAACAAACAAUGGUGGAAAUGUUUCCACUCAGAUCAGAAGAUGCAGCGUAUAACAAGAUUAGGGGAAUGCUUUCAACUCUUGGAGAUCCUUUUACUCGUAUCAUCAGUCCUAAGGAAUACCAAACUUUUAGGAUUGGAAGCAAUGGCAAUUUGCAAGGAGUUGGUGUCUUCAUUAAUGUUGAACCUAAAACUGGGCACCUGGUUAUUUUGUCUUGUGUAGAAGGUAGCCCAGCUGCUCGUGCUGGCAUACAUGAAGGAGAUGAGUUGGUUGAAAUUAAUGGAGAAAAGCUGGAUGGUAUUGCCAGUGAAGAGGCAGCACAGAAGCUGAGAGGACCUGCUGGAACAACUGUUACAGUAACAAUCCACAAUGGUGAAGAUAUGGGAAGUGGGUCUAGUUUCAGAGAGGUUAAACUACCUCGUGAAGUUAUAAGGCUUUCCCCUAUAUCCAGUGCCAUCAUUCCUCACAAAACUCCUGACGGUCAUCUCUCAAAGACUGGAUACGUAAAGUUAUCAGCCUUCUCUCAGACUGCUGCCACUGAUAUGGAAAAUACAAUUCUUGAGAUGGAGAAUCAGGAUGUGCACUCAUACAUACUGGAUCUUCGGAACAAUCCUGGGGGCUUAGUAAAAGCAGGACUCGAUGUUGCCCGUAUAUGGCUUGAUGGAAAUGAAACUCUUGUGAACACCAUAGACAGGGAAGGGAAUAUGUCACCCAUCAACAUGGCGAGUGGGCAUGCUGUAACGCAUGAUCCACUUGUUGUGCUGGUCAAUGAGGGAAGUGCAAGUGCGAGUGAGAUUUUGGCAGGGGCACUACAUGACAGUGGCCGAGCUAUCCUUGUAGGGCACAGAACCUUUGGGAAAGGGAAAAUACAGAGCGUCACAGAAUUGCAUGAUGGAUCAGCUCUGUUUGUCACAGUCGCCAAGUAUCUGUCGCCAGCACUUCAUGACAUAGAUCAGGUUGGCAUAACACCAGACGUUCAAUGCACAACCGAUAUGUUAAAUUCACCGAAGGACUCAUCGAAGGGCAAGAGUGCUGCCUCACCGUCUUUGGAAGCUGAUUCCUGUAUCAUGGUCGCAGAGCACGAGUUGGACGUUCAAGAAUCCAAUGGAUCUGCCUCUUGAAAACUGUUUUCUGCAGUUUUUUCCAAUCCUGUAUUGUAGAUUCAAUUUGAAUGUAUAAAUGAUAGGGAAGUCUCAUUACAACUGCUCUGCUUGUAAAUGGCAGAGUAUGUAAUUGAAUGCAAACUGUUCAAGAUUAAUCAUGUUAGAAUACAUCAAUCAAAAAAGGAAACCAGUGGACUCUUUGAAAAUGUCCAAUAGACAUUGCUAAAUCAAAACCAAACUGGGUGGAAAUUUUAUUGAAACUAGACAUCUGAUCAGC